AUGUUUUCUUUCUCAUUUGCAACUAAUUUGGGGGGUUUAAAGGUAAGUAAACAAAGGCUCAUGCUUAAAGGGUUACUUCAAAUUAUUGGUCUCAAGAAGGAGUGGCCGGUGUUUACUUUAGAUGAGGUACGCCAACACAACGACCGCUCCUCAAUUUGGAUAGUUGCAGGGAACUCUGUAUAUGAUGUCACCUAUAUUCUAGACACACACCCUGGGGGUCUCAAUGCGCUUCUGCGUCGAGGUGGUGGCGUGAAGGACUGCACCGAGGAUUUUUACUUCCAUAGUCGUGCCGCGCGGAGAGCGUGGAACUCUCUUAAGAUUGGUGAGUUGGACCUUGGAGAAGCCAUGGGAAUAGGAACUCUUGCUGUUUCUUUGACAGGCUCACGGGAUGGUAAUGCUGCGCCGGAGGCAUCGCCCGUGAAUCAUGCGUGUGCUAGUUGGGAAUGCGAUGGCGGCAAGAACUGCUGCUGCACUAGUACUGUAGAAACACACGGGAGCACAUCUGAGCCAGUUCCAGAGCGUUUAUGUAGUGAAUGUUUGCACCGUCACUCGGCGUGGCGAUAA